GCUUUUCAGUUUUUUUUUAUCAACAUGAUUAUUGAUUGUAUGAUACUGACCUACAGUUAAGACUGGAUAUACCUUGUUCUUUUCAUGGCCUAUUAGAUUUAUCUACGUUUGGCAUUGGAGUUAUAUAUUUGUAUGCUUAAUUAUAAUGUCAAUAUAUUUUGAUUUCAACGUUGGUCCCACUGGUAGAAGAUUUAGAAGGGCGGUGGAUAGUGACAAGUACGAUGUACAAUUAUUUUGGAAAAGGGAACACACAGAGCCAUUGUUUGGUGUUGUCGAUGUAGCUGAAUUGAUCGAAUUAUCAACAUUAUCGAUAUGCAUGAUAAACGAGAACAAAGAAGUGACGGGAUUCAUGGCGUUGUGCGACCACCCCAACGUGGCGGCCGUCGACCCCGCCGACUGGGAACUUUGGCUCAGGAACAUGUUCCAGUCAGUGAUGUUGACAGAUGUUGCAGACUUCUUCGUAGACGAGGCAUUCGUGUCUGUGUUUAACAAUGAUGAUUAUUUGAAUUACAUUGUCAUGAUCGUACCUACAAAUUGUCCGGAAGAUAAAUAUUUGAGAUAUCCAGUUUUCAAGAAACGAAGCAUUUUUAAAUAUAGUGCGAAAGUGGACAGUGACAAUGAUAAUACGCAGUUCCUGUUGACGGCCAUGCGACAGGAGUUCUGUCCCAAAUUGAGGAUAAGACGAGCCGUUGAAGAAGACAAUGAUGAUAUUGUCGAGAUUCUAGACAAGAAAUGUCCAAGAUUGAAGGAAUUGUACGGUGAUUACUACAUAAGUGAAAUUAUUGGAAGACACCCAGAUAUGAACAGGAAGCUGAUUGUUGCAGAGGCGCAAGAUCAAGCUGUCGGCGUAAUGUGUCUGAAUUCCGUAAUAAAUUACCAAAAACUUCAAAGUAUCUAUGAAUUAGAGCCUUACCAUGGAUUGAUCAAGGCUACUCCAUUCGAGAAAGAACAGAAGAAAAGGGAAAAUAUAUUGCUUAACGUUUUUGGAGAACCUAUUAUGCGUGGUAAAUUCGGGCCUUUCGAUAGGUUAUCAAAGUUGGAAAGAAAAUCAUUUAACGAGGCACCAUCAAAAGAGAAAGUUGAUCAGACACCGAAGAUGUCAAGCAAAGUGAAUUUUGGUCACAGCAUUGGAGAACGACAUAGCAUGGAGCAAUUAAGAAAUAAAACAUUUUCUGUUGACCUAAGUGAAAAUUAUACGACGUCCCCAACACAAUCGCAGACUACUAAUUACUCUGUCAUUGACUUGUUGGAGGGUGAUACGUUCGAUUAUGAUAUUAUUAAUAUCGACAAGAAGUUACUGACCGUACCAGACGUGAAUUCGUUUGAACAAUUAACCAAUGAUAUGACAUACUGGAAGAGGACAAGAUUGUCUGUGAUGAAGACCAGAAGAAAAAGUAGAAAUUCAUUGUUCAAACUUAGAGAAAUUGAAGAUAGUGAAGCAACAACUAUUUGUGGAGAACCCAAUGCUUUUAUGAUUGAACUAUUUGGUUUGAGAGACGACAUUCAUGAGAGACAUGCUUUUGAUUUCUUGGAAGCGGCAUUUGAAGUAAUGAACAUUUAUGACUAUUGUUUAAUUCGCAUGCCAUGUGCCGACAAGACGCUCUCGUUAUUACAGCAUUUUAAUUAUGUGCCUACAAAACCAUAUAUUUGCUGCAAAUAUGCUUUAUUUAUUGCUCACAGAUCUUCGGUUAUGAGCAAAUUACGAGUACGCGAAGUGGAAUUAGCAGACAUACCGCAAAUAGCACAACUUCUGCACAAUGUUGAUGGAAAAGAAACACUUUGGACCAUCGAGAAUGAUUUGACAAGAGAUAAACACAAUAAAGCUUAUGUACUUUUAAGCGGUUUCACCAUAAUAGGGGUGGGAAUACUAGAAUCACCGGAACAAAUAGAUUACAUUCGUGCAAAAUAUAACAUUGAUUCUUUUCAUGUCCAUAAAUAUCAUGUGAGAGGGCAAGGAGUUAGCAGUGGCUUCACCUCAUUGAAGACGGUGUUCGUUUAUCCUGUGUUCCGGGCACAUUACAGGUUCUUUGCCAGAGACAUUAUGCGUCUCUCUGGCACUACUGCAUUAUUAUGGCUAACUGCAUAUAGAAAUAAGUGGGUAUCACAUAAGGCAAAUAAUAUAGCGUCUGCCAUGAUUCCACUUAUACCAAGAAAAUCUGAAAUAGAUUGUACCUCUUUACCGGAAUUUAAGGAAAUUAUUAAUUUAUCCAAAAAUAUAAUGACGUUUAGUACGUGGUUCAUUGGGAAAAAGUUGACAAGUGUCCCUUCAGCUUACGUGAAUACGAGGAUUGUUGUAGUAGGCGCUUCUAGUACCGCGAUGGCUUUCCUCAACACCUUACUCUUCAGCGAUUCAAUAUCAUAUUUGGUAUUUACAAAUGUAACACUCAUAUCACCACAAGGCUUGCCUUACGUUAAACAUUCGAAGUAUCCUACCGAGUCGAUGUUCUCGAAGUUUCGUUACAACUCGGACAAAUUUCUGAAAAGUGUACCAUACACUUACUAUUUGAAUAUUGUGUAUGGAACAGUUGUUGAAAUAGAUAGGCAUGCAAAACGUGUAACGCUAGCCAAUGGAUCAAAAUACUAUUACGAUAUGCUAUUUCUUACAUUCGGGAAGCAAUAUCAACAUCCGAAUUAUUUACACGAACUAUUGGAAUGGGAUGAACAAUUCAAGGCUGGAAAAGUAUUAUAUACCCGUCUUGAUGUGCCAAAAUUGAGAGAAGAAAUUAAAUUCGUAACAAACGAUGUUCCAGACAAUGUGUUUAUCGUUAAUAGUAUUAUGGACGCAAAUAAAGCACUUGGUUAUGUUAAAGAUUUUUUUUGGCAGAAUUAUGAUUAUAAAAUAAUUGUCUAUGGAGCGUCUAUCCAUGCUUACUGCUGUCUAGCAACGUUACUGGAAAUGAAUGUGCCUCCUGAGAACAUAGUUUUCGUGGAACCGUUCCCGCCAGAAGACAGCAAGAAAUCCAGGGUGCCUGUGUUUUAUAAUGUUUAUAUUGAUCAAACUAUAAGGGAAGUGUUAAGUGACUUAAACGUGACAGUUUACCGUUCAUACUAUUUCAAGUCUUGGACAGUUGACCAGAGUAAUGUAACACAUGUAGAAUUUUUGUCACAUUUCAAACAAAUACGAUUGGAAUGCUCUGCCUUCUUUUAUUAUGGGAAACGUGGUAUCAAUACACAGGCGUUCAUUGCAAUAAAUAAAAGCGGCAUAGGUUACGACGGUGGUAUUCUCAUUAACCACAAGUUCAAGACCAAGGAUCCCUCUGUGUAUGCAGCAGGCCCCGCCACCAGAUACUACAGGAAAUACUACGCUGACACGCGGAGGCAGAAAUAUUAUGACUCGUACGAAGUGGGACAAAAGCUCGGUGAACUUAUUAGAAAUCAACUAGAUCCACUUUUCUCCGCAAAGAAGUAUAACUCCAAAGGUUCAUCUGAAAGUGUAUUAGCUAGUAAAAGCGUAAGCUUUGACACGUCUUCCAUUGAAACGAAUGGUUCGAGCAAAACAUCAAGUGGAUCUCACAAUAGCAAGACAUCCAAAGAAUAUAAUGAUAACGAAGAAGAGAAGUUGCCGUUGUUGACGAAGCCUAUUGUUGUCCAUUGCCAGCUACCCGGAAAGUUGCAAUAUCUUGAUGUACGCUCACCAGGAGUGAAGAAUCCACAUUAUUAUGUUCAGUCACUGCAGUAUAACGGAUACGUAAUGGAAACGUUUAAAGAUGGUUACUUCAAGUUGCACCUCACCAACGAUCAUAUCGUGGACGGAAUUACUUGUCUUAGUGCUGAUAAGUUUUCGCUGGAAAACUUUAAAAACCUUUACGGGCUGUCGGCUGCUGCUUUGAAUAACGUUCACUUGAGAUAUACUGCAAAGAAAUUGGAUAAUUUUUAUGAAUUUUUCCGAUCACCUUGGGCUUUCUUUUUGUAUUUAGACCAAACUGAUGAACUACUCGCUAUGGUUAAAGAACUUUAUCCAAAGGGACAAAGCAAGGGAAUGACAUUGCAAGAAGGUUUGCAUUGUGUCGAGGAACAUAGUAAUCCUUCGUUCAGAAACAACAACAAAAUGAUCAUUCGCUCGACCUUCAAGAAAUCUCCUCAUAUAGAAGCUAUUACGGAUUACGUGAUGGAGUGGGUGGCCGACAAUGAUGUUCUACUCCCCAUGUACUUGCAACCAUCUCUGAAAGCCACGUAUACCCACGAUCUCAGUAGACAUCCAGCCUUUAAAAAGAAGAAGACGAAUAUUGCUAAAUUGUUUUCUAAGAUGUUGUAAUUAUGGAUAAUUGUAAAUAAAGAUUUUUAUAAAUAAUAUAUUUUUUUCUCAAACAUG